AUGAGGGUGACCGGCUUGUUCGUGAUCGUUGCAUGCUUCCAGUGGGCCACGGGCCUAUUGGGAGACCCCUACAGGAUAUUGAAUGUCGCUCGGAGCGCGUCUCCGAACGAAAUUCGGCAGGCAUACAAAGAAUUGGUGAAAGAAUGGCAUCCCGAUAAGAAGAAGGAUGACAGUUCCGCCCAAGGACGUUUCAUAGAAAUCAAACAGGCUUACGAGUUGUUGAUGGACCCCCAGAGAAGGAGAGAAUUCGAUAGACACGGAUGGACAGAGGACACGCCGAAUUUCCGCCGGAGGCGGGCGGAAUACCUGCAUCGCUACGAUUUCGAUUCUUUCGAACCAAUGUUCGGGGCCGAGAGACCUCUUCUGGCCAUCUAUCAUAACAUGACGGUCACCACAAAGUCCUACGAGAAUCGCGUUCUCCCAGACUCGCACAGUCGACUUUGGUUGCUGAUGUUCUACAGUGACCACUGUUCACCAUGUCUGCAAGCCGCACCGCUCUGGCAUCGAAUACAACAGGAACUGGAACCAAUAGGUAUCGAGUUCGGAGCGGUCCACGCGGAGCACGAAGAGGAAAUUCGCCGCAAACUCAGCAUCACCGCUCUGCCAUAUAUCGUCGCAGUGAUUGCGGGACGCGCGGUGCCGUUCGGUGAAGAGCACCUCUCCCUGACCAAUGUUAUCAAUUUUGUGAGGAAGACAUUCGAGUUGAAAAUCAUCGAGCGCUUGGAAGAGAAGAACCAGGUGCCCACAUUUCUGUCUGCUUGGAGAACCGACGACAAGGUGCGAGCGAUAUUUUUCUCUCAGACGAAGCAGAUCAAGCUGCGUUACAUGCUGGCCGCGUUCAAGUUCCGCGACUACGUUCACUUCGGCUUCGUGUGCAUCGAGAACAAGCAAGCCGAGAGUAUCCGUCGCAAGUAUAACGUGCUGCCGAAGAAAGAGACGCUGUUGCUCUUCAAUGAAUACUCGAGCUCUCCUUUCGCAACGGUCUCCAUGCCGGAACUGUCUACUCAAACGUUACACGACGCCAUCAACGCCAACAAGUUCCUCAUCCUGCCUCGCGUCAGCUCGCAGCCCGUCUUCAAUCAACUCUGUCCCAACGAAGCCUCGCAGAAGAUCAAUCGUCGACGACUCUGCGUCAUCUGGGUGACGGUUCCUCACACGAACAGUUUGAGCGAGGAACGCCGGACGCAGCUCCGUCUCUACAUCAAAGGUCUCAGUCCACAGUGGAAGGAGCGUGUGUCUUUCAUGUACAUGCAGAAAGACAAACAGAACGAAUUUAUCGAGGGUUUGCGAGGCGGGAACGGCGUCCCGACCGAGCCGUCGGAGCACUUCGUCAUUAUCUGGCGACGUAACGAUCAGCUGGUCGAAUAUCAGUGGAUUUCGAAGCCUUGGACCGGCGACGCGACUCAGAUGAACGCCAGCAAAGAGGAGCUCAGCAACGUCCUCGCUCGACUGCUCCACACGACGGAGGGCUUGGCUUGCGGUAAAGCACGCCUGCGGACGGUUACCGACGAGAACGCCCAGUCAUUGGUGACCCGCAUCCUGAAACGGCUCGCCCUCAUGGCAGAUGCGCUCAAAGACAAUGUAACUAAGUAUCAGGUGUUGCCGGUAAUAUCGGUUGUCGCUUCAUUCGUUAUCAUCGUGUUCAUCGGCUACUGCAUGUCGUACCUAGUUCAGCUGGAAGAGAUGAAAAUACGAAGGCAGGGCAAAGGAGUGCCCGGCGCGAACAAACCUCGGACCGAAUGCAAGCUGAGCAUCCACGAGCUGCGAGGAGAAACCUACAACGGUUUGGUCCGACUGCUGAAACCGGGCUGCCGGACGAUUGUCCUGCUCGUCGACACAGAAUCGAAACCGAAACUGCUCCCGCAGUUCUUCAAAGCCGUCUUUCCCUACCGGAAAAACAAAACCCUCAUGUUCGCUUUCAUGAUGCUCGAGAAAAAUCUGGAAUGGUAUCGUAGACUGCUGCUCCAGACGCUUGGGGAGUCUUCCCACCGACCACUGAACAUCAAUCCUAAAAACUGUAUCGGGACCGUACUAUCUCUGAACGGCCACCGAAAGUACUUUUGUGUAUAUCACGCCAAGCACCGCGAGGAAGAACCCCGGAGGGAUCGUGAGCGGGAUCGAGAGCGUCGAGGCGCUUCGGCGUUGCCUCAGCACCUCCAUCAUCCGCCAGGGUCUUUCCUUGGGUUUGAAUCCUCUGACUCGGAGGUCGAAUCAGACGUGGAAAGUGGCCGAUUGAUAAAAGCCGGAGCCGGCAGAUCGCGAGGAGGCAGCAGCAGUGUCGGAGGUGCGACUUCCAGUAGUACAGACCUAUACGGCUCGAUUUUAUUCGAAGAGCAUCUGCUGGACGGGCUCUCCUCGUGGCUGGACAAGUUGUUUGAUGGCACCACCCGUCGGUACUACAUUCAGUACUGGCCGGAAUGCAUGAAAUGA